AUGUCAGAGAAAAAACAGGGAAUUUCAAAAGAAGGUGCCGUUGGUAAAAAUAUGUCUGGUGCUCUUGCGGGUCGAACUGACGGUGCGGUAUCAAAGAAUUAUCAAGGAAUGCCUCGCAAUGCCAAUCCACACUAUCCUCAUAAUCCAAACAAUAGUCUACCCGUAUCUGAGUGGACUCAACAGAAAAUGCAACAGUGUCGAAAAGAUGCAGCAAAAAAGAACUGA